AUGGAUGCUGUUGUUCGGAUAGAGAACACACAGAAGGACGUCAGAUAUCAUGCAUCGUCGUGGCGCGAAGCUCCUUCAGGUUCUUCUUCGAAUGGCGAAACAGGGAAUACGUUGACGAGACAGCUCUCCAUAUCAUCAUCCAUAGAACUUCAAGGUAACCUGGAGCGGUGCGGCACAGCGUUGAAUACUCUCGAUAGGAUCGAGUCACAAAGACUUCAGCAUGCUUUAACUGUUGGGGAGAGUCUGAAUUCGGCGAGGUACUCCUCAUCAAGAAAGGCACUUCCAGCAUUCGGUGCGGGAAAACCAUACCCACCACCAUUGCCAGAACGGGAAGAUUAUGUCGUGGGAUUUGACGGACCAGACGAUCCUCUUUACCCUCAAAAUUGGAGCCUAUCUCGCAGACUUUUCAUUUCUACGAUACUCUCAUAUACAAGCAUGUGCUCCACUUUCGAUUCGGCGAUUUUCUCUUCAUCAAACAGCCAGGUCUCUAGCGCCUUUCAUGUUAGCACAGAAGUUGCAACCCUAACCAGCUCCCUUUUUAUUAGCGGGUACGCAUUUGGGCCCUUAAUUUGGGCACCGCUCUCCGAGCUUUACGGUCGUCGCCUGCCCGUUCUCGCCGGCAUAUUCGGUUUCGCGACGUUUAACGUGGCUGUUGCAACUGCCAAAGACUUGCAGACUUUAUUUAUAUCUCGCUUCUUUGCUGGUCUAUUUGGUAGCUGUCCAGUAGCAGUGGUCGCUGCUAUAUUCUCAGAUAUAUUCGACAAUCGCUCGCGUGGUGGUGCGAUAGCAGUCUAUGCCAGCACCGUCUUCUUUGGGCCUCUUCUGGCUCCCUUUAUCGGCGGCUUUAUUAAUUCGCAUCUUAGCUGGCGCUGGACAGCCUACAUACCUGCAUUGAUGGGAUACCUGUCUUUCGUUCUCAAUAUUUUCUUCCUCCGCGAGUCCUACCCACCAGUUGUCUUGAUACACAAGGCUGAGGAGCUCCGCAGACAUACCAAGAACUGGGGGAUCCAUGCGAAACAAGAAGAAAUCGAGAUCGAUUUCAGGGAGCUUGUAGCGAAAAACUUUACUCGCCCUGUGAAAUUACUCACGACAGAGCCCUUGAUGCAAGCCGUAACGCUCUAUUUGAGUUUUAUAUACGGAUUGCUCUACUGCUUUCUAACAGCUUACACCGAGGUGUUUCAGGGCGUCUACGGGAUGUCACCAGGUAUCAGUGGGCUACCUUUCUUCGGUAUGAUAUUUGGCGUCAUUGUGGCUACGGGAUAUAUCAUUGUCUCGGCACCUUCGUACAACAGAAAGCUUAUCAAGAAUGGAGAGGUACCCAUCCCCGAAUGGCGUCUACCACCCGCCCUGAUCGGUGGAGUUUUAUUCGCCGCAGGCCUGUUCUGGUUUGGAUGGACCGGCUUUACUCGAGAUAUCCCAUGGAUUGUGCCGACACUGAGCGGGAUAUUUACUGGCUUUGGGCUCCUCGCUAUAUUUAUUCAGUUAUUCAACUACUUAGUUGAUACAUAUCUGACAGUAGCCGCAUCUGCAAUCGCUGCCAAUACAUUCGUCCGGUCAUUGUUUGCAGCUAGCUUUCCUCUCUUCUCUCGCCAGAUGUUUGACAACAUGGGAAUCCAGUGGGCCUCUACACUUCUGGGUUGUAUUGCCACGCUCCUCAUUCCAAUUCCUGUUUGUUUCUGGCUAUUUGGGGACAGGCUAAGGAAGAGAAGUCGUUUUGUGCUCAACGUAGAGACCUCAUUCCAAUCGAGCGGUCAUACGCCCGAUGACAGUACUGAGAAGGAAGCAUAG